AAAAGAAACCAAGGCUCCAACUGCGGCCAACUGUACAAAAAGUCUUUUACUCUGCUGCCUCUCUGCGGGUUGAAGGAGUAACGGACGGAGUGACAGAGAUCGAAGGUCAGCACUCAGCAACAGAGCCCACGAAUUAUCACCUCGAUUUUCGUCGUCCGGCGAAAUAAGGUGCGUCUCAGCAACUUCUUCACUUUCCUUCUCAUUAAUUUCCAACUAAAAAAUGGCUAUGUAUAUCCGGGUUAAGCGAGAUAAGGCAACUUACUUUAUCCAAUGUGAUCCAACUGAGAAAGUUCUGGAGAUUAAACAGAAAUUGCAUGUCCUGAUUGAUAAGCCAGUUAAUGAUCAGAGACUCUUCUUAAUGCCUAAUGGGGAAGUGUUGGAUGAUUCAAAGUCAUUGGCAGACCAGAAGGUUGAAAAUGAUGCUGUUGUGGCACUAACUUUGAGAAAAGAUGAAAAUGAGUUUGAGGAUAUCAAUAUUUUGCGGCCAAACGAUUUCUACCAGACUCGUGAUGCAGAUAACGGCAAUUGGUGAGCGACAUCCUUGAAAUGCAGUGGCUGCAGCAUGGAGUGUAGGUUGAGCUGUACACAGUUUAUAUAGCCUCUAAUGUGCUUAACAUUGGAUUUUCUUGGUACCAUAAAAACACAUGUGUUAUAAUUUGGAAAUGAGAGUUUCUUGUGCAAGCUGAAAAAUUCUUGCUUGUGGAGGUGACAUUUUGAACUUAACUGAGGUGCUCAUACCACAAUACACUUCUGAUCCUGAACAUAUAGGUUAACAUAAUUGUAUGGUUGGUCUAUGUGUUUGAUGAC